CACAAUUUUUAUUUACCCUCACAUUCUCGGAAUACACAAAACAAAACAAAACAAAUCUCCUUUUAAUACUUAGUAGGGUUUCGUUUCAGAUAUGUUGUCCUUCUAAACACACUAUCACCUGUUUUUUUUUUUGCCUAAACCCUUUAGCGCCGAUUCCUUUCAAAUCUCCAUUUAUCCAUUGUUUCAUCAACCGAUCUCUACCUGUUUUGUUGUAUUUAGGUUCGAUCUGUUGUAUUUAAGUUUUUGAAAUUUUCGACCGUUGAGAUGGAGGAAGAGAAGAAGAAGGAAGAGACGGUGAAGGGAGGAGAGUUGUUGUUUUGUGGAUGUACAAGUUGGGAUGCAGUUGGUCGCCGCAAACAUGCUCUUGAAAAUUUGGUUUCUCCCACCAGACUUCGUCCUCUUCUUGGUGUUGACAUUUGUUUUGUUGCUGCUGGUUGCGCUUCUUGUCAUUGUGUAGCAUUAGAUACUGAAGGCCGUUGCUAUACAUGGGGAAGGAAUGAGGCAAGUGUGUCGUGUUUUUUUUUUUUUUUUUUUUUUUUUUUGCGUCUUUUUGUGCUACUUGAAUGUGAAGUGGUUGUGGCUUUGCAGAAAGGGCAGCUUGGUCAUGGAGAUAAAAUUACACGUGAUAGACCGACUGUUGUUUCAGAACUCUCCAAGCAUAAAAUUAUUAGAGCUGCAGCUGGAAGGAGCCACACAGUGGUAGUUACGGAUGACGGACAGUCGUUUGCUUUUGGUUGGAAUAAACAUGGGCAGCUUGGUACAGGUUCUGCAAAGAAUGAAAUUGAACCAUCUCCAGUCCGGUGUGCCGUCACUGAAGUCAAAACUACUGCUUGUGGGGCUGACUUUACUGUGUGGCUAACCUCAGUUGAAGGAGCUUCUAUAUUAACUGCUGGUCUGCCUCAGUAUGGUCAGCUUGGUCAUGGUACUGACAAUGAGUAUAAUACCAAAGAUAGCUCUGUAAGGCUAGCUUAUGAAGCUCAACCCCGACCUAAACCUAUAGCUGCUUUUGCUGGAGAGACUAUAGUCAAAGUAGCUUGUGGAACAAAUCACACAGUUGCAGUGGAUAAGAACGGAUAUGUUUACACGUGGGGAUUUGGCGGAUAUGGGAGGCUGGGUCAUAGAGAACAGAAGGACGAGUUUGCUCCUCGACGAGUUGACGUUUUUACGCGACAGAAUGUCUUGCCUCCAGAUGCAGUAAUUUCAGCAGGUUCUGUCAACUCAGCAUGUACUGCCGGAGGAGGACAGGUUUACAUGUGGGGCAAAAUAAAGAGCACCGGAGAUGAUUCGAUGUAUCCUAAACCUCUUCUGGAUUUGAGUGGAUGGAACCUGCGAUGUAUGGAUUCUGGCAGUAUGCACCACUUCGUUGGUGCUGAUUCCUCUUGCAUAAGCUGGGGCCUUGCACAGUGUGGGGAGCUGGGUUAUGGACCAAAUGGACAAAAAUCUUCUGCAGUUCCUAAGAAGGUAGACAUUUUAGAUGGCAUGCAUGUUAUCAGUGUUGCUUGCGGAUUUGCCCACUCUAUGGUUGUGAUUGAUAGGGAAAAUGUUGAGGAUCGACUUGAGCAGCUUGAUGUAUAUGAUGGCAAGGCUUCUGAGGAAGUGGGGGCAGAACCUGUGAGUGAAUCUCCAGUUUCUCAAAAGGCUACCAAAAAGGGGCCCGCUAAGGCGCCUGCAAAGUCGAAUAAAAGGAAAAAGUCAAAAGAUGCAUCGGAGUCUGAAGAUGAGGAUGAAAAUAGUGAUGAUGAUGAUGAGAGUGAUGACUAUGAGGAAAAAUCUAAUGGGCGAGCUAAGUCUUCGGGCAGCGGUCGAGGAAAGGCUGCUGGCAAAGCUACAGCAGCUAAAAAGGGCACUGGCCGUGGGAGGGGUCGGCCUCCAUCAGCAAAUAAAAGCGCCAAACCUGAAGCGAAAGUAUCGACGGGUAAAAGAGGAAGGCCGAGGAAAUCGUAAGAGUACACUUUCCAGGCCAAAUUUAAGGCUUAUUGAUAUGAUGAAAUGUAACUUAUUCUCCAUUGGCUAAUUAGUUGAAUUUUAACAAGUAAAUCAUUUUCGUCAUUAACUCCAUUCAAGAUUCUGAAAUUUAGCAAGUGUAAAGCAUUUGCAUUAAACUUAGAGCAUUGACCUCCAAGACGAAGGCAUUUGUGUCUGAGUUUGUACCUGGUCAAGCUCGUUUUUGGGGAGGAAAAAAAGGAAAGUGAAAAAAAGACCUGUUGCAGUGUCUGCGGUGUACUGGAUUAUCUUCACUUACCUUAGGAGUUACUGCAUAUUUCCUUUCUGAUGGUUAUUUUUGUUGCUAAUUUACUUGGAGCAAGUCUAAACGGUUCGUACAGGUCGAGCAAAUUUGUGUUGGAACUGAAAGAACUCUUUUGAAAAUCUAUGAUUGUGAGUAUUAUUAGUGUAAAUGAAGUAUUAAUCAAGA